GUGCACGCUCGCGACUCCAUAAUACCGACUCCAUGUCCAGCUCGUCGUCGAGCCCAUAUGGCGACCCGAUAGCCGAAUCCAGUCGUCGCACAUCCCCGGCCGAUCAUGACACCACCUCCGAUGAUGGCCGGGACUUUGGAAACGACGACCUCCUCGCUGCCGACCCAUUGAUCGAACAACAGCUGAACGGACAGGGCGGCGGCGGUGGUAGCGGCGGUGGUGGUGGUGAUGGUGGAAUAUCCUUCAAACGAAAACUCAAAGCCACUGCCACCCCGUCGUCCUUUGCGAGUCGGUUGUGGAGUAGCAGUACAAGUAUCACCGCGACCACCACAUCUUCUCCAUCAGACCACCACAACGCCCCGCCCACUGCAAACGGAAAAGAUGCAGUAGACUGGUACCCCUUUGAAUCCUCCGCGCCCCGCCGCGUCGGAAUCUACGACAACUUGACCGCCAUCGACUGGAUCUACGAGUACAACAAAGAGCGAACUCGCCUCGCACGUCUCGUUGCCCACAACCCAGGCCUGAUCGGUCAAUUGCGUCUGCUGGCAGAUGCUUCCCACAUAUGGAUCAUCCUUGUCUGCACAGGCGUUGUGGUCGGAUGCAUCGCCGCGGGGAUCGAUGUCGUGAGUGAUUGGUUGGGUGAUAUGAAGACUGGAAUGUGCUCAAACGUGGAACAUGGAGGCGCUUUUUAUCUGAACAAGGUGUUUUGCUGUUGGGGCAUCGACAGUUAUGAUCAAUGUCCGGAUUGGAGGGCUUGGUCGCGGAUGGUGGGCGUGGGGGAGAAGAAUAAAGGGGGAGGGUACGUGGUAGAGUACAUGGUCUUUGUGGUACUCAGCGUGGUGUUUGCGAGUGGUGCGAGCUUCUUGGUGAAUCGGUAUUCGGUUUAUGCGAAACAGAGUGGGAUCCCGGAGAUCAAGACUGUUUUGGGCGGCUUUGUGAUUCGGAAAUUUUUGGGGGCUUGGACGUUGGCUGUCAAGAGCCUGGGGUUGUGUCUUGCUGUUGCCAGUGGGAUGUGGUUGGGAAAAGAAGGUCCACUCGUGCACGUGGCGUGUUGUGUUGCGAAUUUGUUCAUGAAGCUUUUCCCGCCUAUCAAUCAGAAUGAGGCAAGGAAGAGGGAGACUCUCUCUGCAGCUGCUGCGAGUGGAAUCAGUGUGGCUUUUGGCGCACCCAUUGGAGGGGUGCUGUUCAGUCUGGAGCAACUGAGUUAUUACUUCCCUGACAAGACCAUGUGGGCGAGUUUUGUCUGUGCCAUGGUUGCGGCUGUGACACUGCAGGCUUUUGAUCCCUUUCGCACUGGACAGUUGGUACUCUAUCAGGUCACCUAUCACAGUGGAUGGCACGCUUUUGAGUUGCUGCCAUUUGCUGUGAUUGGAAUCAUUGGAGGACUUUAUGGCGCGCUGUUCAUCAAGCUGAAUAUGCGAGUUGCAGCUUGGAGGGCAUCGAAGACCAAUCCGUUCCUCAAGAAGCCGGUUGUGGAAGUGGUGGUUGUGGCACUUGUCACAGCACUGAUCAGUUUUCCCAUCACUUUCCUCCGAGCGCAAUCAAGCGAACUGGUCGAACAUCUGUUUGCUGAGUGCAGAGAUAUCAAGGAUGACUAUCUCGGCUUGUGCAAGUCUGGCGUGGCCAACACAGGCAACAUCUUCAUCCUCCUCACCUCGGCACUCAUAGGCUUCCUCCUCGCAACCAUGACUUUUGGACUUCAGAUCCCAGCCGGAAUCCUCCUCCCAUCAAUGGGCGUUGGAGCUCUCUAUGGCCGCGUCAUCGGACUGAUAGUCGAAGUCUGGCAGGGCGAACAUCCCAACUUCAUUGCAUUUGCGUCCUGCGAACCCGAUAUCCCCUGCGUCACGCCUGGGACUUACGCGGUCGUAGGAGCAGCUUCGGCUUUAGCUGGCGCGACGAGAAUGACAGUCUCUAUCGUAGUCAUCAUGUUCGAACUCACAGGCGCUCUGACUUAUGUCUUGCCCAUCAUGAUCGCGGUCAUGCUAUCGAAGUGGGUUGCGGAUGCUUUUGGGAAGAAGGGGAUCUACGAAUCUUGGAUUCACUUUCAAGGCUAUCCUUUCUUGGAUAACAAGGAUGACACGCCCGUUCCAGAUGUCCCUGUCGCACAAAUCAUGACAAGAUUCGAUGAUCUGGUCUGCAUACCAGCCACCGGUCAUACCAUCGAAACCUUGCAAGAGCUGUUACAGGAACACCGAUUUCGCGGGUUUCCAGUCGUGUCAGAUGCUCGAGAAGAUGACGCUAUCCUUCUUGGAUACAUCUCGCGCGCUGAACUUCACUUCGCCCUUGAAUCCGCCACUUCUCAAACCUCUCGAAAUCUCCCCGACAGUACGGAAUGUUUCUUCACGCACCAGCCACUCGCCGACCCGACCAUCACUCUGGACUUGAGACCUUGGAUGGAUCAGACGCCUAUUACGUUGCGGAGCAAUUCGAGCUUGCAGCUUACUAAUGAGAUGUUUCAGAAGUUGGGAUUGAGGUAUAUCAUUUUUGUGGACCGGGGGUCGUUGAAAGGGUUGUUGACGAAGAAGGAUUUGUAUCAUGUGUUGAAUGCUGGCGAUGCUAGUAAGAUUGGCAGUGGGGCUGGAGCGUUGAGAGAGGAUGUUGAUGAUAAUGAUGAUGAGAGGCAGGAUGAGGCUGGCUUAUUGGGAUAUGAUAGGGGGCAUAGUCGAGAGAGCAGUUGGAAUGACGGUGGAGAUAUGAGGCCGCCCAGGGAGAAUGGGUAGUCCGGGAGUGAUGAUUCGAUGAGGGGUUCUAUAUAGCAUUUCUAUCAAGAAUAUCAC